AAUAAAACUCUAAACUAACAAUUUUAGCAUAAAUUUCUAUCCAAAUAUAAUUCUAAACUAACUUUUUUCAUCUUAUGAACUCUAUUUAAAUCUACCCAACGUGACGCGACACACACACACACAUAUACAACAUCUCCCGCUUAUAUCGCUGAAAAUUACAGCUUUUUUGGAGAGACAAUCUAAUGAUCCUUUGUAGCCGUGAGGAUGUUUUCCUUCUGAUUCAUAUGUUCGUAUUCGAAAACUUGAUAACUUUUUCACCAACAAAAUAAUUUCACGGCAAUCCAUUAGAUCUGCUACCUCGAAAAGAGGAGAUAAACCUUGUCUUUCGAAGGAGGUCGAAAAACCCUUCUCUUUCAAAGGAGAUCGGAAACCCAUUCUUUCGAGGGAGAAAAAUUCUUUAGAAAUAUUAUUAUAAACCUAAAAAAAAUUAAAGAAACAAGGAUUGGGGCUCGAUAUUGGACGAGGUGACCUAUAUCGGGUAGCGGUCCAUCAUUCCCCCCACUUAACACUACCUUAGUUGAGUAGUUCAUGUUUUCACGAGCCUAUGACACUUGCUUAGCAAAUCACCUCGAUCAAAUUAUGCAAACAUUUCCCACCAAAUUGUGCACAAAUUCAAAUUCACAUAAAAUCAUGUACUCCCCAAUUUGUGCAUAAAAUCAUUUUCAUGUACAUUUCUGUUAUGGGUCAGAUAAAAACUUGGGUUUUCUUGGGGAAGAUGAGUUUUUGGCUAUAUAAGGCAACUAAUUUCAGCUGGAUUAUUCCUGAUCACUUAAUAUGCCAAAGAUUACACAGGGUUACUCGGUUUUUCGGUACGAUUUCGUAUUCCGAUGUAACUAUGUGUACAAAGAUGAUCACUAAUCAUUCUAAAUAUGGUAGGCUAAAUGAUGCACUCCACCUGUUUGAUCAAAUGCCUGUUAGAGAUACCAUUGCUUGGAAUUCAAUUGUUAAAGGGUGUUUAGAUUGUGGUGAUUUGAGCAUGGGUCGGAAGCUAUUCGAUGAAAUGCCUGAGAGAAAUGUUAUUUCGUGGACGACGAUGAUUAGUGGGUAUAUGCGAUUUGGGUAUGUAGAGUUGGCUGAAAGAUUGUUCAAAGAAAUGCCUUUUAAGGAUGUUGCUGUUUGGAAUUCUAUGGUUUAUGGUUAUUUUAGCAAUGGUAGAGUUGGUGAGGCUGUUAAGGUGUUUGAAGAGAUGCCCUGUAGGAAUGUUAUAUCGUGGACUUCGAUGAUUAGUGGGCUUGAUCAAGUUGGGAGAAGUGUUGAUGCCUUGAGUGUAUUUAAGCGGAUGGUCGGUGAUGGGAUCGAGCCCUCAGCAUCAGCAAGUAUAUUUCCUUGUCUGAUAACAGCUUGUGCCAGUUCAAGGGCUAUUGAGCUUGGUACACAGAUUCAUGCGCGCAUUGUGAAGCUGGGGUGCGUGGAUGAAGAGUAUAUAACUUCUUCUUUAAUAACAUUUUACGCAACUUGUAAGCAACCAGAAAAUUCUAGCAAGAUCUUUAGGGUAUAUGUGCAUGACAGCGUGGUUGUGUGGACUUCCCUCUUAACAGGAUAUAAUUUGAAUUUGAUGCAUAAUGAUUCAUUGACAAUAUUUACUGACAUGAUCAAAUUGGGAAUUUUACCUAACGAGUCUUCUUUCACUAGUGUCUUGAAUUCUUGCUGUGCACUUACGUCUCUUGAUAUAGGGAAAGUUGUUCACGCAGAAGCUAUUAAACUGGGAUUUGAGGCUUCUGCAUUUGUGGGGAAUUCACUUGUUACAUUGUAUUCUAAAUGUGGGGGCAUUCUAGAUGCACUAAAAGCAUUUGAAGGAAUAAGAGUGAAAAAUCUUGUAUCCUGGAACUCGAUCAUUGUUGGGAGUGCGCAGCAUGGGUGUGCUAAUUGGGUGUUUACAUUGUUUGCACAGAUUCUACGCGCAGGGGUUGAACCUGAUGAAAUCACUUUCACUGGGUUGCUGAAUGCUGCUAGUCAUUCUGGAGUGUUCCUGAAAGGGAAACGAUUUUUCCAGUUUUUCACCAAGUAUUCUUUGUUAAAAAUGAAUGUUCAGCAUUAUGCUUGCAUGGUGGAUAUCAUGUGCCGAUCUGGGGAACUAGAUAAAGCAGAAGACUUUAUCAAUAAUAUGCCAAUUAAGCCAAAUUCUCUGGUUCUGUUAAAUCUACUUAAUGCAUGUAGAACACACUCUGAUAUUGAAAUAGCUGAAAGAGUGUCAAAGUACAUACUUGAUCUAGACCCACAUUGCAGUGCAGCUUACACUUUAUUGUCUAAUCUUUAUGCUUCAGCUGGAAGAUGGAAUGACGUCUCAAGAGUAAGAUCACAGAUGAAAAGAAGAAAACUUGCAAAACAAGAAGGAUCGAGCUGGCUAAAUCAGCAUGACGGGCAUCCUGAUGUCCUAUCUGGAAACUUAUCCCAUCAUCCCAUUUAAUAUAUCAGUGAAAAUCUAAUGUUUGGUAUAAAUAUUGCAAAAAUGAUCAUCAGUCUGAUAAAGAGUUGAAUGUGGGAUGUGCUAUUACCUAUCCAUAAUGAGGAUUUAUCAAAAAGGUUUCUCUGCUAAGUCCUGCAUUGGUAAAGGUUAAUUGAGUUAAUCUCAAAACACUAGUAAAAACUGCCAUUGAAGAAGCAGGAAACACUGCAUAUUGCGGACGAUUGCUGCUGAACUUUGUCAGUAGGCAUUGUCUCCAACAUGCAGAUAUCCCCUGAAAUUCAUGUUUCAUAAGAAAUUUAUCGCACUUCCAAGUUUCUUGGUUUAAGAAUCCUAUUCCUGUUGAUGAUAAAUAAAUACUCCACAAGUUCAAUGCAUAAAGGGACAAACAGAGGUGGUUUGGAAAUGGUACCAAUAGGGAAAAAAAUGAAGAAGCAACAGCAUCACUGUGAGACAGCAACGACUAACAAGUAUGCCAUGGUUGUUGAUGAGAAUCACUAAAGAGUUUUUAAAUGAGAAGAGAAUUCAUGUGAAAAGUUUGGCAUUGAUAACUUAUUGCCAUUUGAUGUAGGGCGCUUUAGGUAAACACUAAGAUCUUGGUUUAAUGGGAUAUGUUUGUUUGGAGAUUUUGUGCCAUGUUAUCUCAUGCGGAGGACUAUAAGCUUUGAAUUUUGAAGUCUAUGAUUUGAGCCUCCUAAUUAUAUUUCAAGUAAAUUAUGAGUUGGUAGCAUUGAUUUUUUUGGUCUAGAGAGAGCCUUGAAGGUAUAUGAUCUAAACAGUUUCAAUCUCAACUGGGAGGUAAAAUAGUUAGUAGGUGUUUAUCUUUAUGUAAUUGAGUUUUAUCAAUUAAUCUUGGAUUAGCUCGAGUUAGUUACUAUGUAAUGACAAUUCAAUAAUGAAGGGUUCGUUUGGCAUUGUUACGGUUUUUAGUUUUUUGGUUUUUUGUAUUUUAAA